GUGUCCCUGGCGCUGCCGCCAUUGUCCAGCGGGAGGCCAGUCGGGUGGUCCCCAGGACGGGGCUGAGUUUAAAAUUAGGGUGUCCUUGGACGUCUGUGGCUAACCUGUUGGCCUGGAAUGGACCACCAGGACAAAGCAGCAACAGUGGCAAUGGCCUCGCGGCCGCAAGCAACACAACUUCAGGAGCCAGUGACUUUCCGAGAUGUGGCUGUGGACUUUACCCAAGAGGAGUGGGGGCAGCUGGACCCUACCCAGAGGACUCUGUAUCGUGAUGUGAUGCUGGAGACCUUUGGGCACCUUCUCUCUGUGGGUCCUGAUCUUCCCAAACCUGCAGUUAUCUCCCAGCUGGAACAAGGUGCUGAGCUGUGGGUGGCAGACAGAGGAGGCACCGGGGCCUGCCAUCCAGGCUGGAUUCUUGAACCUGAAGACCACACAUUGCUCAAGGACCAGGGCCUCCCAAAAAUGGAACCAUCCCCUAUUACAGAAAAGGAUGGGUUUGCAAAGGCUGUUCCUUGUCGUUCUAUGAUAGGGAUAGAUCAGGAAAGUGAUGGCCAGAGGCAGGCACUCAAGAAGGACCAGAGUAACUUGAAUGACCCCAAAGAGAUACCACUUCAAAGUCAAAGCCACAAAAGUCUUGGACUUGUGGAAGCCUGUGUUCUUGGCUUAAACACUUAUCUAUUACCAGAUAUUUCUGGAAGAGAGUAUGGCUGUACUUAUGACUCACAAGUUAAAAAUUCAGAACAUAAUCCAAGCUUAGUUAGACAACGGACAGACUCCCCUGCAACACAGUCCUUUGAUGACAAUGGCAGUCAAAAAGCCUUUGAUCAAAUUAUGCCCAUUACAGAACUCACAAAAAGUCAGGUGCAAGAUAAACCCUAUAAGUGUACUGAUUGUGGGAAGUCAUUUAACCAUAACGCACAUCUCACAGUGCACAAGAGAAUUCAUACGGGAGAAAGACCUUACAUGUGCAAAGAGUGUGGGAAAGCCUUCAGCCAGAACUCCUCCCUUGUUCAACAUGAGCGAAUCCACACUGGAGACAAGCCUUAUAAGUGUGAUGAAUGUGGGAAAUCUUUUUGCCACAGUACACACCUUACAGUCCAUAGGAGAAUUCACACUGGAGAGAAACCCUAUGAGUGUCAGGACUGUGGGAGGGCCUUCAAUCAGAAUUCAUCCCUAGGUCGACACAAGAGGACACACACUGGGGAGAAGCCUUAUACCUGCAGUGUUUGUGGGAAAUCUUUCUCCCGGACCACUUGCCUCUUCCUGCACCUGCGGACUCACACUGAGGAAAGGCCAUACGAGUGUAAUCACUGUGGAAAGGGCUUCAGGCACAGUUCCUCCCUGGCCCAGCAUCAGCGGAAGCACGCUGGUGAGAAACCCUAUGAGUGCCGACAGAGGCUGAUCUUUGAGCAGGCGCCGGCUUUAAUAAAGUACGAAUGGACAGAACCCCUCGGCUGUGACUCACCGUUGAGUCAAGGUGAAAGGACUCAACGGAGUGAUAGGCCCUUUAAGUGUAAUCAGUGUGGAAAGUGUUUCACUCAGAGUUCUCACCUCAUCCGACAUCAGCUCACCCACAGCAGAGAGGAAGAACCACUACGUGGACGUAGCAGAAGGCAAGAACAGCCGUGUAGACGGGGCUCAAGACUCAUUCAGAAUACAAACUCAAAUUCAAGGGAGCUUCCUGUUGCCCAGCCAAAGGCAGGACAAGCCAGCAGAACCCUGGCCCUGUUUGACCUUCGUGAAAUUAUGCAGGAGCAAAACCCUGUGCAUGUUAUUGGGGUAGAAGAACCUUCAGUGGGCAACUCCAUGCUGUUUGACACCAGAGAAUCUAGAUAGGAAGAUAAUUCUUUAGAUAUCUUUUGAGUUACCAGGCACAAACAUUAUGCCCACACAGUGUAUGGGUGGCAAGAGAUGGCACAAUAUCAGUAUUGACCUCUGACUUCCUAAGGAAGUGGUGCCUCCCACACAGUUGAGGUUGGUGGUUCUCAAACGUAUCAAACUCAGCUCCUGUUUUUGUUUUCUGAGACAAGGUGUCAUGUGGCCCAAGCUGGCCUCAAACUCACUAUAUAUCCAAGGAUGACCUUGAAUUUUCUGAUUUUUCUGUUUUCAUUUGCCUCCCUAAGUCUGGGAUCAUAGCUGUGUGCCACUAGACCCAGCAACAGCAGACACCUUGAGAUAUCUUCUCCAUUAUCCCACAGUGAGUUUACCAGGAAUAAAGUCUCUGCACUGGCAUAGUGUGGAAAUAACAUAUGACCCUUGUUGUGUGUAAUUUAAAAAAAAACAAGCUUCCACCUUUGCCCAGAACUGUGGCGCUCAAUCCUGGUUUAGCUCCAAGAUCGGCUGCCACCAGUCCCACUCCCAAGUUGUCUGUUCCUCCUGGCUUAACUGAGCCAACAGCCAGCUAUUGCCUUCCCCGAGUUCUUUGUAAAGGAUAGUUAAUUUAUGGUGUAUUAUGUCAAUGUGCUAUCUUACCAUGUCCAUGUGGACCUAUUUUUACCAGGAGAUCAUGGUCUGAAACUUUAAGACUGGUUCAAGGAUACUGCUGUCUAAAAAAACACCAUAAGGGACUUUAUCAUGCCAAAUUGAUUUUGCAGAAUAGUGAUGAAUUCUUAUGAAAGUUUGAACAAAUCAAAAUGCUAUUGUAUUGUGGAAACUGUCUAAAUUCCUAAUGUCCACAAAGUACUAUGUGUUUCUAUGUGAAUUCAAGUCAGAAACCCAGUUUAUGUAUCACACAGGUUAAGUCACAUGUAGCUCAGUUCUGCACUUGACAGUCAUUGCAGCAUGCUUAUCUCCUGUCCUCAUUUCAGUACAUCAUCUGACAGAGAAGGACCCACAGAAUUCUACAACAUCCUCUAAAGGAGUCACAGCGCCUAUGAAAACCACUAUCUUGAAAUAUCCAAGGUUGUUAGAGGUAAUUUGACCUCAGAGGACAUUUGGUAAUAUGUGGAGUCAUUUUUGUCCCUGCAACUUAAAAGAUGUUACUGCUAUCUGGGUGGAGGCCCUGGAUACUGCUCAACAUACUUAAGUGUCCAGAGCAGCUCUUCCAAGAAUUUUCUAGCCCCAAAUAUCAAUAGUAUUAACAUGGAGAAGCCCUGAUACAAACUCAACCCAGAAGGUUGAGUAAUAAAACACUAGGCUGGCAUGUAAAAGGCCCUAAAUUCAGUCCCCAGUACAAAAGAUACAAUAACUCACCUUUUCUAAACUGUAAAUUGAUUAAACAAUGCUGUAUUUGAGUUGUUCUUAACAAAUAGAGUCAUAUAUAUAUAUAUAUAUAUAUAUAUAUAUAUAUAUAUAUAUUAGUGUUAAGUAAAUUACUGAUUUGCAAUAUUUAUAUUCAGGGUGAAUAAUUCCUUUAUCUUUCUGUAAAUCUUUUAUCACUUAACAAUGAACAUUCUAAAAGACAAAUGAUAUAUUUUCACUGGGUCUCCUACCAGUAUUGUUUUCACAUCCACCCCAGAAAACCAUCUUGUUCAUCUCUCUGAAUAUAUUUGUAAAAGGCUAAGACUUUAAGGAUAUAUAGCUGCAACCACACUGACCCACGGGGACAAAGCCUUUUGCAUAAUCACACUAAGUCCAUCAUUUUGGGGUUUUGUCACAUGGGUUUUUGAGCAGUGCUUCUGGGCCAGAAUUUGAAUGAAAGCAGUGACUGGGGUUAUUGAUUGUACUCCUCUCAACCAGAGCAGAAGAUCUUUAGGGAGAAGUUACUCUUUUACAUCUCCAGGGAAAAGAUUACUAAUAUCUAACGGACACCAUCAAAUAUCCAGCAUCCACAUGUUCCUGGUUGCUUCAUAAAACUUCAUAUUUGUUUUAAUCUUUCCGUAACUUAUACAAGA